UAAAGUCCCAGAGACAGAAGCUAGCUGCUACUUAAGACUCUACCUGAAUAAAAUCUGAGCGUUUUUACUUAAGAGUCGUCAAACUGCUUCGUAAUAAACUCCAGUAAAAGGCGGAAGACGUCAGUCUGCACGAACCGCUGUGAGGCGACGCAGCGACCCGGUUUCCUUGACAACGUCAGAGCUUAUCUGUGCAGCAGAGCAGGUGUUCCUGUCAGACACCCCCUGCUGUCAUCAUGGCGUCUGUGGAGUCGAGUGGUGACGGUGGGAAGUGGCUGGACGCUCACUACGACCCGGUGGCGGGCCUGUACACCUUCUCUUCCUGCGUGGACCUGGCAGACCUGAGUGGGGACGGGGAGAGUCGGUUGGUGGUUGGCGAUCUGGGCUCCGGCUCGUCGGGCAUGAAGCUGAAGGUGUACCGGGGCACAGCGCUGAUGAGCGAGAGCACCCUGCUGGACCUGCCCGCCGGCCUCGUCGCCUUCUUCAUGGACCUGCACGAACCGCGCAUCCCCGCCGUCGCUGUGGCGUCCGGACCCUGCAUCUACGUCUACAAAAACCUCCGACCGUACUUCAAGUUCACGCUGCCGAGCCUGGAGGUCAACACGCUGGAGCAGGACGUGUGGCAGCAGGCGAGGGAGGGUCAGAUCGACCCUCUGACCCUGAAGGAGAUGUUGGAGAGCAUCAGGAAGAAGGCCGACGUCCCGCUGUCCGUGCGCUCGCUCAGGUUUCUCUCUCUGGAGGCCGACGACAUGGACGAGUUCGUCCAGCUGCACAAGCAGCAGCCAAUCAGACGGCAGACGGUGAUCACGUGCAUCGGGACUCUGAAGAAGAGCACGGCUGAUGAGGACGGCGUCAGCUGUCUGGUGAUCGGCACAGAGAGCAGCGACGUGUACGUCCUCGACCCCGAAGCUUUCAUCAUCCUCUCCAAGAUGUCGUUGCCGGCUCCUCCCACCAUGAUGGACGUGACGGGUCAGUUCGAUGUGGAGUUUCGCAUCACGGUCGCGUGUCGCAACGGCAACAUCUACAUCCUACGCAGGGAGUCGGACAAACCAAAGUACUGCAUCGAGCUGUCGUCUCACCCGGUGGGUCUGGUGAGAGUCGGGAAGAACGUGGUGGUCGGCUGCACAGAUGAGAGCCUGCAGUGCUUCACACAGAAGGGAAAGAAGCUGUGGAAGGCUGCUCUUCCCACUCCCAUCACCACCAUGGCUGCCAUGGACCUCGCCACCAGAGGCUUCCAGGCGGUUCUGGUGGGCCUGGCCAACUGUGAAGUCCAGCUUUACAGGGACAAGAACCUGCUUAGCACUAUCAAGACGCCCGACGUGGUCACCAGCAUCUGCUUUGGCCGGUACGGACGUGAGGACGGGACUCUGAUCAUGACCACCAAGGGAGGGGGCCUGAUGGUGAAGAUCCUGAAGAGGACAGCGGCCUUUGAUGACAGGGACAGCGCUCCUGGGCCACCGCUGGCCCAGAGCGUACGCCUCAACGUACCCAAGAAGACCAAGCUGUACGUGGACCAGACGCUGCGGGAGCGUGAGAGCGGUCUGGCCAUGCACCGCGCCUUCCAGAUGGACCUGAGCCGUCUGCGUCUGGCUGCAGCCAAAGCCUACGUCAAGGCCCUGGAGUCCAGCUUGACACCGAUGUCCUCCAGCCUCACCGAGCCACUCAAGAUGAACGCCGUAGUGCAGGGCCUGGGCCCGUCCUUCAAACUGACGCUGAACGUCCAGAACACGGCUGCGUGUCGGCCCGUCAUGAACCUGGCCAUCAGCUUCCUGUACGACGAGAGCCUGUACAGGAUGAGGAACCCGUACAUGAGGAUCCCCCUGCUGGUGCCCGGACUCAUCUACCCCGUCGAGACCUUUGUGGAGUGCACUAGUGACAAGGGCAUCUCUGACGUCAUCAAGGUGUUUAUCCUGCACGAGGGGAAAAGCUCCCCGCUGCUGACCGCCCACAUCAACAUGCCCAUCAGCGAGGGACUGACACUCAACUGACAACAUAUGACACUUCAACCUUAUUCAAUACAGACUUCAACUUUAUUCAUAACACACUUUAACUUUAUUUAGAACAGACGUCAACUUUAUUUAUAAAAAACUUCAACUUAAUUCAUUACAGACUUCAGAGGAAAAUCCACAAGGGUCUGAGUCAACCAGACUAAACAACACAGGUCUGAAAACCGCUUUGAGACUCAGUUCACUUCCAGUUAGACUCUAGUUGCUUAUUUGUGGUGUGAAAUCAGAAACAAGCAAACAGCAAACUACAGCAGCACUACAAAAUAGGUAUAUGACAACAAUGGAUCAUUUUUUAAGUUGAGAAGAACUGAACUACAGGUGUGCACCUUAAGGUGUGAAACAGCACCAUCUGCUGGACAGUUGCCAGUAAAGCCUGACCUGAACUUAGUGGAACUCCAUUUAUAAAAUCCUACAAUGAAAUGACGUACAACUGACGUAUGAGAUCAGAUUCUACAUGAUGGGUUUUAUUCCUUACAGAAACUGAAUGUCUGAUUUUCUGCACUGGCGAACAUUUCAGACCUUUUAGAUCUUCAGAACCGGCAGAAGUCUGGCUGAAUAAUGUCUUUGUUCUUAGAUUACGUUGUUGUAUGUUGUUCAUGUUUAAAACGGUAGUGAGUUUUGGAAGGACAGAUUCAUGACCGUGCUGUUUGAGCUCUCAGGGAUCAGAAUCACUGCAGACAAAAGACUUAAAUUAACAGGACAGAAAUGUGGUAAAUAUGAUGUUUUUUAAAUGUAGUCUGGUGAAGUAAAAUAAAACAAGUCUGUACAGAUUUCUCAUUGUAAAAAUAAAGGUACCACUGUAUUUUGCAGCUCUGUCAUUUCUGAGAAAGUUUCCAGGAAAUUGUUCUUGAAAGAGAAGCUGAGU